AGAGAGAGAGUAGCAUCGUGGUUCGUAAACAUAAGCCGCAAGUCUCUCUCUAUAACACCGCCAUUGAUUUGCUUCCUCUAUUUACUCUCGUCACGUCCUCCAUUUUUGGGGUAUUACUUCUCCGAGCUCACCAAGAUCUUGAAUUUGCCGACCUCUCAAGAUUCUUGAUGGUAAAAGCAUACAGACAAGAGCAUGUCUACAAGCAUCCGUGGGAGCGGGUGAGUGCUGCUUCGUGGAGGAAGUUUGCAGACCCUGAAAACAAACGCAUCCUUUCGCAUAUCCUUGAAGUCGAUACCUUGAACCGGAAACUUGACACUGAGACCGGGAAACUCCACACCACACGUGCUCUCACCAUUCAUGCUCCUGGUCCAUGGUUUCUCCACAGGAUCAUUGGCCAGGACAUUUGUCACUGUGUUGAAUCAACUGUUGUGGAUGGCAAAUCACGUUCUAUGCAGUUAACAACAAAGAACAUUAGUCUCAAAAAGUUCAUUGAAGUGGAGGAGAGGAUAAGAUAUGAUCCGCAUCCAGAAAAUCCAUCAGCCUGGACGGUUUGUAGCCAGGAGACAAGCAUUCGGAUCAAACCCUUGUCGGCUCUGGCCUCAAUGGCUGAGAAAGUUGAACAAAAGUGCGCCGAGAAAUUCAUGCAGAAUAGCGUUAAAGGAAGAGAGGUUAUGGAGAGGAUUUGUAAGUAUAUGGAAGCAGAAUCCGCUCGGAUCUAAAGAUCCAAACUUCUUAGAUUCCAGCAUCUUCUUGGUUUGUGAUUCUUGAAUGUUUUGUAAGUCAAGAAGGCUACGUUUUUGGAGCAUGGUAAUAAUAAGUUUAUGGAACAGUUUAGAUCAAAUUGUUGUUUGUUUCAGCAACUCCUGUUUUUGUGUUAGCACCUGAAUGUUGAAUUGUGAAGCUUUUGUCCAAAUUUUGAAUCUAAAUCCAGAUGGGAUUCAUUAGAAUUAGUGGUUUGCAUCUUAAUAUUGAAAAUAAAGGUUUCAGGCUUAG